CUGCUUCUAGUGGUGAGAAAGUGUAUUGCACCUUGUUCAAAAUCAAUGCAGUCGGCCGCGGCCCAUGGGUUAAGAAUCUCUGCACUAAAUAACUUUUUCUUCAGCUCAUAUAAAGAGGAUUUUUACAUUUGUGUCCCCCCCAGCUGCCUUGUGAAGACCAGAUCAUCCUGUUAAAGGGCUGCUGCAUGGAGAUCAUGUCGCUGCGAGCCGCCAUCCGCUACGAUCCCGAGAGCGAGACGCUGACGCUGAACGGGGAGAUGGCCGUGAAGCGGGAGCAGCUGAAGAACGGCGGGCUGGGUGUGGUGUCGGACGCCAUCUUCGACCUGGGCAAAAGCCUGGCGCAGUUCAACCUGGACGACACGGAAGUGGCGCUGCUGCAGGCCGUGCUCCUCAUGAGCUCAG